UGAAUGAGUUAUCAUUUCGAUUGGUGGGUGCUCUCCCUCGCUGGAAUCAGAGUGGAAGUGUUGUUGCCACGUGCUGCUUUACACAUCAGCCCAGUUUAUGUUUCUCGGUGUCACGAGGUGUGUUUGGGGUACUGGUGCUCUGUAUCUGCGAGUGUCAGUCUCCUGAACUGAGCCUGCUCCGUCAGAAAUGAGUGUUGGUCCUCCUUUCAUGCUGAGCGCAGGACACUGCUCAGGUUUCUGUACCGGAGGAUGAUUUUGGUGACCAGCAGUCUGCAGAAGACAAAGUCCAAGAAAACUCCCCAGCUCAACAAGGAGGACUGGAACCUUUCUUUGAUUUCAUCAUUGCCAUUGGACACACGAGGCUUAAUAAGGAAAACAAUAUGUUGAAAGACCUGCUGAAGGCAAAUGCUGAGAAAGCAGUGAAGCUGGAGGUGUAUAAUAUCAAAACAAUGAAAAUAAGAGAGGUGGAGGUGGUCCCCAGUAACAUGUGGGGAGGACAAGGCCUUCUUGGAGCCAGCGUGAGGUUCUGCAGCUUCCAGGGAGCCAACGAACACGUUUGGCAUGUUUUGGACGUUGAACCUGCAUCUCCUGCAGCUCUGGCUGGUCUACAGCCCUACACUGACUACGUUGUUGGAUCUGAUCAGAUUCUCCAGGAGUCAGAGGAUUUCUUUUCCCUGAUUGAAUCCCAUGAGGGGAAGCCGCUGAAGCUGAUGGUUUAUAACACUGAAGCAGAUUCCAUUCGAGAGGUAGUUGUGACUCCCAAUGGAGCUUGGGGUGGAGAAGGAAGCUUAGGAUGUGGUAUUGGAUAUGGCUAUUUGCACAGAAUUCCAACACAAUCCAUAACAUCAAAGAAAAAACCAGAAAGCAAACCACCUUCACCCUCACCAGAAGCUGGAACUUCUGUACCAUCCACUAAUGGUUACACAGAGACUCCAUUGUUGGCACCUACCUCUCAGAGUGACAGCUCUGAAACAGUCAUGAACUUGGAUCAUUCCAGAGAUCAAGAAAUGAGUGGUUAUUCACCAGAAAGCUCACUUUCUCCUCCUCCCCCUCUCCAGAGAGUUAUGGAUCCAGGAUUUCUAGAUAUGUCUGGUAUUUCAUUUUCUGAGCUCACUAGCUUAACAGAAGUGUCCAGCAUGUCCCCAUCUGCCUCCUUCAACACACCAGCAGCAGGUGCUUCCACAGCCCCUGAAAAAUUAAUGUCAAAUGAUGAAGCCUCUACGUAUUUUGAACAUGCCACAGCUUUGGCCCCUGAAGAUAUAACCCUGUAUUCUGAAGGCUCAGUCAAGCAGCCAGAGCUGGAUGACCUACUACGUUCAAUUCCACCUUUACCUUCUUUUCCUCUUCCUCAUGAAAUUUCUUCAAAAACAACUCUAGGAACUGAUCCUGAUAACCAAGAAUCAAAGCUGCUCGUGAACAGCACGGAGAGCUCAUUAACCACUGCUCCAGAGAAACCAGAGGAAGAGGCAGCAAGUGAACAGAAAGAAGAAGCAGCUGCACAAGAUCCCGAGUGAAAUGGACCCUGCUCGUGUUUACAGACUGUCAAAUGCUGCAGCUUGGAAUAUUUUUCUGAUCUUGAAAGAAUUACAGUUACUCUAUUUUGUUAGUGUAGACAAUACUAGAAAAGAAAUCACAUGAAGUACAUAUCUUGUUGUAUUUUCCAAUCACUGUUUAAUGGACUGAUCUGUGUUCAAACUUUGAAUGCUGUCCAAAAAUCACCAAAUUAAUGGAGAAAUUAAUGCAGAAACAAGUUGGACACUGGCAAAAUGUCAAGUUCCAGAAUUCACGUUUGCCUACAAGUGCUCCUGAAUGUAUUUAUGAAGGCACUGUGCCUGAACAGUGACACUUAGUGAUGAUUUUAUCAGUAUGAUUGAUGGCAUUAAAAAAAUAUUUAUAGUUUUG